CUCAGCCAUUCACAGAUUCGCAGUAGCGCUGGGCAACUUUCGAAAAUCUUCAUCCUCGGCGAGCAUAAUCACCGCUUUGUCCCUCCCGCCUCGACCAUAGUCGCCAUCUGCGCGAUUUGUGCCAUUUACCGUUGCCUCACGGGGGCCUUUUCUUUCCUUUGAUACCCGCGUCGGUUGUGCUAGCUACGGGUGACUUGCGAACAACGGUCGCGCCUCGAUUCUCGGCGUUCGCCAGUUACCGAGUCUAACUGUUAACAACAUUAACAACACUCUCCUUUCCCUUCAACCUCCCAGCCCGCAUCGACUCGACUCGUGCACGAAUUGAUUGGCGGAAUGGCCUCUCAACCUCGGCAGAACCCCUACAACCAGGGCUACAUGCCCAACGGCGCAGCCCCCCCCCAUCAGACCGCUCCGGUCCCUGGAGCCACUCCUCUGCUUCCGAACCAUGGCCGCAUCAUUCAGACCGGGCCCAUCAGAAUUCUCUGCAUCGCAGACGUGCGAGGCAACCUCCGCUCCCUUAACGAACUCGCCCGCUCGGCCCGCGCCGAUUACAUCAUUCACACCGGCGAUUUUGGUUUCUACGAUGAGACAUCCCUUGAGCGCAUUGCUGAAAAGACCCUGAAGCAUGUCGCGCAGUAUUCCCCCUUGAUUUCGGAAACCACGAAGAAAGCCAUCGCACAAGGCGUUCAGGGUUCGGUCAAGUCGCGGUUUCCAGCAAGCGAGCUCCCCCUGUCAGAGCUUCCGCAGCUCCUCAGCGGCGAGCUGAAAUUGGACGUACCCGUCUACACAGUAUGGGGCGCUUGUGAGGACGUGCGGGUGCUGGAGAAGUUCCGAUCAAAGGAGUACAAGGUACCCAAUCUCUACAUCAUCGAUGAGGCGCAGUCCAUGCUGCUCGAGGUUGGCGGUGUGAAGCUCCGGCUUCUCGGCUUGGGCGGCGCGGUGGUCAUGCACAAGCUGUUCGACAAUGGCGAAGGCCGGACAACGAUUGCCGGUGGCCAGGGAACAAUGUGGACAACGUUGUUGCAGAUGGGCGAACUCGUCGAUACGGCGAACCGCGUCUACGAUCCCACCGAAACCCGCAUCUUCAUCACGCACGCAUCCCCGGCUCGCGAGGGCAUCUUGAACCAACUCUCAGUGACCCUCAAGGCGGACUUUUCCAUCUCGGCCGGCCUCCACUUUAGGUAUGGAAGCUCGUACAACGAGUUCAGUGUCAAUCCCACCCUGGACCAUUACCGCGGCAAACUGGCGGCGUCCAAGGCGUCAUUCAAUGACGUAUGGGAGACGGUCAAGGGUGAAGUCGAGCCGGCUAUCAGCCAGGUCGAGGCCCAACAAACCUUGCUUAAGAAUGCGUUGGCCGUUGUUGAGAAGAUGCCCUCGACCGCAGCCGGCGGAAACCCCUUUGGCGGAGCGCCUGCCGGCCAAUCGGCCGCGGCUCUCGGUCAGGUCGACGAAAGCGCCUUCAAGAACCUGUGGAACUUCAACCUUGCGGAUGCUACCUUUGGCUGGCUUGUCCUGGAGAUUCAGGAUGGUCGAAUUGGUACCGAGAUGCGGGCUCAGGGAUUCAACUUCUCGCACCGUGGAGCCAAACAACAGCCGAAUGUGCAGCCCGCCCCGGGCCCCUCGGGCGCGGGUACGAGCCCAGCCGCCCCCACAGGUCCUUCUGCGCCGCCAGCAGCCACCCCUGCAGCUCAACCGAAAGCCCCCACUCCCGCCCAGCAGCCUAAACCCUCGGCUCCGACACCUGCUCCGGCCCAGAGCAAGCCUGCAACCCCCCAGCCCGCGCCGGCUACUUCCCCGGCACUCAAGGAACAGAAGGCGGCCCCGGCCGCUGCUAACGGCGCUGCCGCUUCGUCCGAAACAGCACCUGCUCCAGCGUCGAAGACCCCGGCAGACAAUAUUAUUGGGCUCUUCAUCAUGAACGCUCAGAGUGAUGAGCAAGUACGCGACCUGUUCGCUGAGGAGGACAAGGCCAAGAUCGUGAAGAUCGACCGGUGGGGCGCAAACAACAAGGUGGCGCAGUUCAAGACGACGGAAGACCGAGACGCUGCCAUGGAGCGACUCCCGGAUGAAGUCAAGAACCGCGCGCCCGGGCAGGAGGAUCGCUCGAAGCCGCUCGUCAAGAUCUUUUCACCGCCUCCGCGCCAGUUCUCACGCGGCGGUGCUGGUAACUGGGGCAGCAGCCGUGGUGGCAGGGACGGCGGUAACUCGCAAAGUGGCUACCGCAGCGCUGGUGGCGGAGGUGCUAGCGACAGCGAAGGUGCUGGACGCCGCGGUGGGCGUGGUGGCCGAGGCCGCGGUGGUGAGCGCGGACGGGGCAGAGGCCCGCGAGGUGGCGGCGCGAAGGGCGAGGGUGCUGGCUCUGCUCCAUCGGCUGACUCUUAGGGGCCUCAGCCUGCAGUCAGAGUACUGCCCAAGACGGAUGAGUGGUACCGACAUGGUCGCUCAACGUCCGGAUAAAUUUUCUCAUAGGGUUCCGUCCUGUCGCUGAUAAACCCCUCCCCCCCC